GAUUGCAACAACAAAACAAAAAAGCAGGGUUUAAUCGGUGUAUGCUUCUAUUUUGACUUUACGACGAUUAAGAUAAACAGAUUAAAGUGUUUACUUGACUAUUGCCGUACUCGGUCAACUGCCAUAAUCCGUUUAAUAUCGAAUUAUUAGUGCGCAUGUAAACGUACUCACUAGUGACACCUUCAUAUACAGACAAUGGCAGGGUCAUCACUAGUUGUCACAAAGUCAUAGUUAUGGCUAAACCCCGACUAUUUCUUCAAUUUAUCUUCUUAAAAUCAGAUGUUAAACCUAAACACCACUGCUAACCUUUAAUGUCUAACAAAUUAAGACCAAAAACAAAUUUUAGUUUUCAUGAAUUUUUAUGAUGUACACAAUUUUGACUUUGUGGCUGUGGUAACUAGUGACAACCCAAUGUCAGUGACAAGUUCCAUAGCACAGCUUUCAAUUACUGCCUCUUAUACAUUUACCACAUUGCAGAUAGAUGCGCCCCGUUUCCUAAAUAUCUAACGCAGCAUCGUGCAUAUGCGAAUCAUCUACCUGCUACAGGAAUAUGGCAUCGGGACCAGGUUUCAGUGAUGAAAAGAAUGAGACAUUGUGCGAGAGUGAAAGCACUGUCUAUGUACAUAACCCACACCUGGAUGGGAUGAAAGAUGACUUUCUCUACCACUUUAACCUGGGGACCUCCACACACAACCUGCCUGCCAUGUUUGGGGAUGUCAAAUUUGUGUGUGUUGGGGGCAGUCCCUGGAGAAUGAAGUCCUUCAUAGAGUACAUUGCUGGAGAGCUGAGUCUGGAGGACCCCAAGGCUGAGUACCCCAACAUCUGUGCAGGAACUGACCGCUAUGCCAUGUACAAGAUUGGCCCCGUGCUGUCCGUCAGCCAUGGCAUGGGUAUCCCCUCCAUCGCUAUCAUGUUACACGAGCUCAUCAAGCUCCUCUACCAUGCUCGCUGCACUGAUGUUACCAUCGUUCGCAUUGGGACCUCCGGUGGAUUAGGCCUCGAGCCUGGCACGGUUGUUGUCACCAAGCAGUCAGUAGACGCCACCUUCCUGCCCAGGCUGGAGCAGGUCAUCCUGGGGAAUACUGUGGUGCGCAGCACGGACCUGCACCAAGGUCUGGCUGAAGAGCUGCUCCAGUGUAGCAAGGACCUGGGUCAAUUUGAGACGGUCAUCGGAAACACUAUGUGUACAAUGGAUUUCUAUGAAGGACAAGCGCGUCUGGAUGGGGCCUUCUGCUCCUACACAGAGAAGGAGAAGCAGGACUACCUGACCAAGGCCUAUGAGUCUGGGGUUCGUAACAUCGAGAUGGAGUCUUCUGUGUUUGCUGCCAUGUGUCAACUCAGCGGUCUGAAAGCGGCCGUGGUGUGUGUGACGCUAUUGGACCGUCAGAAAGGUGACCAGCUGAACAGCUCUCAUGAAGUUCUCCACAGCUACCAACAACGUCCUCAGAUACUGGUCGGUCACCUGAUCAAGAAGAUGCUCCAAGCCUCAGCCUCUAGCAGAAGCUAGGCUCUUGCAUUUUAGCAUUCUGAUGUUAUGUGACUUAUGAAAGGCCUCUUGUACACAGAGUAUACAAAACAUGAAGAUCACUUUCCUAAUAUUGAGUUACCCCCCCCACAACUUUGCAGUUCUUGACAAACAACGGUGCUCCAGGCACCUACUACCA